UUACAAAAAAACAUUUAAAGAUCAAUGGGAGAUCAUAUCAAGAGUUCGAGAAUGAACGAUAAGGAGGACAAUCUUGUCAUUAAAGCGUCGAGUAGAAUCGACGAUAAACUCCCAAAAACCUCAAACAAGUCCAGAGUUUUUAUGUAUACAAUCUGGGAAUUUGCUAAGGAAGACAUCAACAGGGUGACAUUCUCUCUAAAAGUUGGUCUCGCUGUUCUCCUUGUGUCCUUACUCAUUCUAAUCCAAGCACCUUAUCAAGUGUUUGGCACCUCCGUCAUCUGGUCCAUCCUCACAGUAGCCAUUAUGUUCGAAUACACCGUAGGGGCAACAUUUCAAAAAGGAUUCAAUCGUACACUUGGAAGCUUGUUAGCUGGAGUCUUAGCCAUUGCUGUUGCGGAAUUAGCUUUGAUGAUAGGUACCCCUGCCGAACCUAUUAUAAUAGGCAUCAGUAUUUUCAUGAUAGGGACCGUAACGUCAUUCAUGAAGUUAUGGCCAACCCUUGUGCCAUAUGAAUAUGGUUUCCGAGUUAUACUAUUUACAUACUGUAUGAUCAUAGUUUCGGGGUACCGAUUGGGAAAUCCCAUUAAAAAAUCAACUGAUCGGUUUUACUCCAUCUUGAUUGGAGCAAUUGUAACGGUAGCAGUGAAUACUUUGAUUUUCCCAAUAUGGGCUGGUGAACAGUUGCAUGAGGAACUCAUCAAAAACUUUGGUUCAGUGGCAGAUUCACUUGAAGAGUGUGUCAAAAUGUACUUGGCCGAUAAUGGAUCAAAUCAUCCCGUAAUAAACAAGAUUUUCAUGGAAGAAUUUCCAGAUGAACCCGCUUACAAAAAAUGCCUAACCACAUUGAACUCAUCCGUGACAAUUGAGUCCUUGGCUCUUUCAGCUAAAUGGGAACCACCACACGGUAAGUUCCGACACGCUUUCUAUCCUUGGAGUGAAUAUGUAAAAGUUGGCACAGUCUUGCGAUAUUGUGCAUACGAGGUCAUGGCACUUCAUGGUGUUCUUCACUCACAGAUUCAGGCACCGUAUAAUUUAAGAUUCAUAUUCGAAUCAGAGAUACUAGAAGCAACAAGCAAGGCUGCCGAGUUGAUCAGAUGCUUAGGUAAAGAUAUAUGUGACAUGAAACAAAGCCUACAAAGUUCUUUACUGCAUAGUGUCCACGGAUCAACAGAAAGACUCCAAAGAGCGAUAGACAAGCAUUUGUUUAGCAAAGAUAAUGCAAAAGCUGAGCUAAACUACCAAGGUCAAAGGCGGUCAGUAGAUGGUGCAGAUGGCAUUACAAAGAUACAAGCAUCGGUUAGGACUGAAGCAUUCUCACUUGUUACUUUCACUUCAUUACUGAUAGAGUUUGUUGCUAGACUGGAUCAUUUGGCUGAAGCUGUUAAUGAGCUUUCAAAAAUAGCGAAAUUCAAACAUGAGAGUCCGUGAUCAAACUGUAGUCUUCUUAUACUAAUGGUGGAAUAAAGUUAACAUGAUGAUACCUACCUAUAAUAAAGGUACACAUACGGAAUUCUGAAGUUAACCAUCCCACAAAAGUUAGGAUUUUGCAUGUUGUUAGUAUAUUCGUUUUGUAUGUUAUGGGGAUUGAUGUGUGUUGCAUCGAAUACAAUAAAAAAGCAACCUUAUUAGCAUCUAUAUCUACAUAU